ACUAGGUCAGGGUUAUCCAACAGAAAUAGCUCAGCUGUUCAGCCAACAAAACGCAGGCAAGAGAACAGACGUUAAGUCUUCUCUGGCCCCUACGCUGUCAAUGCUUUGCAGAGGGAAAAACCAUUGCCAGUUAUCUGAUAAACUCAAGUGAAAGACUCAUGAAAAGGAUAAUUAAAGCACAAGCUUUGGUUAUUAUCUGUCACAGCAACUUACAAGAGACUAUAUUUUCUUCGUAGUGCUCAUUAAAAACACCAUCUCGCUAGCCUUGUCUAAAUUCUGUGCUUUUUUUUGCUCUGAAUGUUGUCUGAUAACAUGGAAUGGACGUCGGCUGAGCAACAUUUCCCUUCUUCAUCAUCAGCCAGGCUUCGUGUUGUGUUACUGUCAUCUUAACUCUGACUGAUGUUAGCAGCAACACUUAGAUGAGCACGUUGUCUGUCUCCGACUACUCGCUCAGAUGUCCUCAGUAGUUUAUGUGUGCCUCGACACGACGAACACUGUUUGAAUUUUCAAUUACUUAACGGAGAAAAAGGGAGACUCAGCUCGAGGGCUGCUGCUACACUUGGAAAGUGAAACAGACAUGCGCAGUACACACGGAAAGAUCAUAGCAGCCAAACGGCGCUGUACACUUUAAAAAGACGAAAAUUAAUCUUCUGCUCUGUGUUUCCUCGUAUUUUAAAAAUGUUCAUCGAUUUUUGCAUUGUUCUUGAGACAUCUGAGAACAGCUCUGGUGUUUUUGCAUACUUUAGCCUAUCAGUUACAAAUCUUGUAGUACCUUAGCCACAUUGCUGCCUCCUGUAGUAUUUCGCAAAGUGUACCCGAGCCGUUGUAUCAGCCGUUAUUUUUCAGGCAUUUGUUUGUCUUUCAUUUUUUGCACAGCGUUGCAGCCAACUUGCAGAUACUUUGUGGAGAUAUGGGGCCACGGAGAGUGUAGGAAAACAUAUGUUGGAAGCAUGCAACAACAACCUGGAGAUGGCAGUGACCAUGUUUCUGGACGGAGGAGGAAUUGCAGAGGAGCCCAGCACCAGCUCCAGUUCAGCAGCUUCAAGCAGCAGAGCUCCCCCUUCAGAUGAAGUACGAGCACCAAUUCCCCAGAAGCAGGAUAUAUUGGUGGAACCUGAACCAUUGUUUGGAGUGCCAAAGCGAAGGAGACCUGCUCGAUCCAUAUUUGAUGGUUUUCGAGACUUCCAAACAGAAACAAUUCGCCAGGAACAGGAGCUGCGUAAUGGUGGCACGGUGGAUAAGAAACUGAGCACUCUGGCAGACCUUUUCCGUCCUCCCAUUGAGCUCAUGCACAAAGGCAGCUUUGAGACGGCAAAAGACUGCGGGCAAGCGGAGAACAAGUGGCUUAUGAUCAACAUUCAAAAUGUUCAGGACUUUGCCUGCCAGUGUUUGAACAGAGAUGUUUGGAGUAACGACGCAGUGAAGACCAUCAUCAGAGAACACUUCAUAUUCUGGCAGGUAUAUCAUGAUAGUGAAGAGGGACAAAGAUACAUCCAAUUUUAUAAGCUGAACAAGUUCCCCUAUAUUUCCAUCCUCGAUCCCCGCACAGGUCAAAAGAUGGUGGAGUGGAACCAGCUGGAUGUGGCAUCGUUCCUGGAGCAGGCGACUGGCUUCCUGGCAGAGCACGGGCAGCUCGAUGGGCCGUCCUGCCACGCACCCCCUGCCAAACGAGCUCGCUCUGAGAGUCUGAUUGAUGCCAGUGAAGACAGUCAGCUGGAGGCAGCAAUCCGAGCCUCCCUGCAGGAGACCCACUACGAGUCCUCAAACGCCCCAGAAGCCCCCGAUUCCCCCCGAUCAGACGACGAAUCGGACGCGGAGCCAUUCUCUGACAGCGAGGGUCCCAUCUCUGUUGAUGGCUCAGACAGCGAAGUGCCAGUACCCCACGAAGAGAAAAGUUCCACCAGCAAACACUCCCCAGUACCUCCGGCUACUGUAGUUCAACAGCGUCUACAUCCUGAUAGUUCAACCUCUUCCCACAGAAAAUCACCGUACAAAGAAAACAACCACAGUCACAAGAAAGAGGAGAGCAAAAAGAACCACCUGGAGCCCUCAACUGCUGGUCCUCGUCACUCUCAGCAUGAAGCAGAUUCUGGGGGGAACCACUGUACCGCAUUGGCCGAAAACGCUGGACCUUCCAAGACCAGCACCACCCAACCGUGUGACGUGGACUGUCCUGAUGACAAUGGACCUAAAGCCAGGUUGAUGCUCCGUUACCCAGAUGGACAGAAAGAGCAAAUUUCCUUGUCUUCUAAAGCAAAACUUUUGGCCCUGGUUAGACACGUCCAGUCCAAGGGUUACCCUAAUGAACGCUUUGAACUCGUCACCAACUUUCCCAGAAGGAAGCUUGCCCACUUGGAUUAUGACAUCACGCUGCAGGACGCGGGGCUUUGUCCACAGGAGACUGUAUUUGUUCAGGAGAGGAACUAGCCUUGUCAGACACACUCACUUUUGCUUGUCUGUAUCUCUCUGAUAGACCUCACCCUUUCACCAAUGAUCUGGGACGAUGUUACUGGCCUUGACCCCCUAACCUACUGUUCUUCUGGAAUUAGGCCCCUGUUUUUGCCAAGACAACUUUUAGUGGAUGGACUACCUUCCCUGCCAGUUCACUAGUCUUACAGUGACAUCUCUACUGACUGAGUCCGAGUCUGAGUCUGAGUUUGAGUCUAAUCCCUUUGUAGUGCUCUGCAGAUGGCCAGUAAGGUGUUAUGGAUGCCAGCACUGUUUCAUACUUUUAAUGUGAUUUAUUCUUUUCUGAUGCAGGCUUCAUUUUGAUCUGAUCAAUGAGGCACAUCAGGAUAGAAUAUAUACAACAUAGCUCAUAUUUAAAUAAAAACAAAGAGAAACCCAAAUAAUGGAUCACUAAUAAAUGAUGAGGCACCAGGGACUUGUACAAAAAGACUUUUACCUCCCAUAAAGGAUGUUAAAUGUCAGAGUUUAUUUUCUAGCUCUUCUUGUUAUUUUCUGUACCUGGGCACAGGUAAAGGGAGGCUCGUUCUUGUUUAUUUUGACCCAAAGUUGGUCUCUCACAUUGUCAGUGUUUGAACAAUUGUAAUCAUUUGGAAGGCAGGGGCACUCCUAGAAACGCUGCAUAAAUUAGCAGUCAAGAAAAAGUGUCGGAUGUCUGUGACACACUUGUGUAGAUCUGAGAGGAUUUGAAUUGAUCUGCACAUUUAAAUUUCUCUUGGCUAAUUAGAGACUAGUUGAUUGUUUUUGCAUUUCAACUUUUGAUACACAAGGGAAUGAAAGAAGGGUGAUACAUGUCAUCAGUAGGGCCUACACUGUACAGAGAUGGCUUAGAGAGACUGACAUUUAGCUGUAGUUAUUGUUUCUUUUCUUUAUUUUUUUAUAUAUGCUGCCAAGAAAAUAUGCUGAUGUUUAAAUAUAACCACCAAAACCGA